AUGGAAAAAGUGUGCGAUUCAAUCAUCGUCUUCAUCUGUCAUCACUCAGAUCUCGAGCUUCUUCCUCUUCUUCUUCCAGCUAUGGCUUCCGUACACAGCACGCUCAUGUCUGUGGUAUGCAACAACAAAACCCACUCUUCCUGGCCAAAACUCCCCAACUCCUCCUUAUUGCCCGGAUUCGAUGCUGUUCUUGUUCCAUCUCUUCGAUUCAAGAAGGACACAACAACAACAACAACAACCACAAAAGCCACCUUGACCUUUGAUCCACCACAAACAACCACCAACUCAGAGAGAGCCAAGCAGAGGAAACACACCAUCGAUCCUUCCUCUCCUGAUUUCCAGCCAAUCCCGUCUUUUGAAGAAUGCUUCCCCAAGAGCACCAAAGAAAACAUGGAGGUUGUUCAUGAAGAAUCUGGCCAUGUCCUUAAAGUUCCCUUUAGACGUGUCCAUCUGUCUGGUGGUGAGCCAGCUUUUGACAACUACGACACUAGUGGUCCUCAAAAUGUUGACCCACGCAUUGGGCUUGCUAAGCUAAGGAAGGAGUGGAUCGACCGUCGUGAGAAGCUAGGAACACCAAGAUACACUCAAAUGUACUACGCUAAGCAAGGAAUCAUAACCGAGGAAAUGCUCUACUGUGCCACAAGGGAGAAGCUUGACCCUGAGUUCGUGAGAUCAGAGGUCGCACGUGGGAGAGCGAUCAUCCCUUCCAACAAGAAGCAUCUGGAGCUUGAACCGAUGAUUGUUGGCAGGAAGUUCUUGGUUAAGGUCAAUGCCAACAUCGGCAACUCAGCUGUUGCUAGCUCCAUUGAAGAAGAAGUCUACAAGGUCCAAUGGGCAACAAUGUGGGGAGCUGAUACAAUCAUGGACCUCUCAACAGGCCGUCACAUCCACGAGACACGUGAGUGGAUCCUAAGGAACUCGGCUGUUCCUGUUGGCACUGUCCCCAUUUACCAAGCGCUUGAGAAAGUUGAUGGUAUCGCUGAGAAUCUUACCUGGGAAGUGUUCAGAGAGACUCUGAUAGAACAAGCUGAGCAAGGUGUGGACUACUUCACAAUCCACGCUGGUGUUUUGCUGCGUUACAUUCCUUUGACAGCUAAGCGAAUGACCGGUAUCGUUUCUCGUGGAGGAUCCAUUCAUGCUAAAUGGUGCUUAGCUUACCAUAAAGAGAACUUUGCUUACGAGCAUUGGGAUGACAUUCUUGACAUUUGCAACCAGUAUGACGUGGCUCUCUCCAUUGGAGAUGGUCUGAGACCUGGCUCCAUCUAUGACGCUAACGACACUGCACAGUUCGCAGAGCUUCUUACUCAAGGUGAGCUAACUCGCCGAGCUUGGGAGAAAGAUGUGCAGGUGAUGAACGAAGGGCCAGGGCAUGUCCCAAUGCACAAGAUUCCAGAGAACAUGCAGAAGCAGUUGGAAUGGUGUAACGAGGCACCGUUCUACACGCUUGGUCCUUUGACUACUGAUAUCGCUCCUGGAUAUGAUCACAUCACCUCUGCCAUUGGUGCUGCUAACAUUGGAGCCUUGGGGACAGCUCUUCUCUGCUACGUGACACCGAAAGAGCACCUUGGGUUACCCAACAGGGACGAUGUGAAGGCUGGGGUUAUAGCUUACAAGAUCGCUUCUCAUGCGGCUGAUUUGGCUAAGCAGCAUCCGCAUGCACAGGCGUGGGAUGAUGCGUUGAGCAAGGCGAGGUUUGAGUUUAGGUGGAUGGAUCAGUUUGCUCUGUCGUUGGACCCUAUGACUGCUAUGUCUUUCCAUGACGAGACUCUUCCUGCUGAUGGAGCUAAGGUUGCGCAUUUCUGCUCCAUGUGUGGACCGAAGUUCUGUUCCAUGAAGAUAACGGAAGAUAUCAGGAAGUAUGCGGAGGAGAAUGGUUAUGGCAGUGCUGAAGAAGCUGUUAGGAAGGGUAUGGAGGCUAUGAGUGAAGAGUUCAAUGUCGCAAAGAAAACCAUUAGCGGAGAGCAGCAUGGUGAAGUUGGUGGAGAGAUUUACUUGCCAGAGAGCUAUGUCAAGUCUGCUCUCAAGUAA